CCAUACAUGCUUGCUCUCUCUCUCUCUCCCUCCUCUCCUCUCUUCUCUUCUCUUCUCUUGGGCUCCUCUCUCCUGUGAUCCCCCUCCGCUAGGGUUUUAGCUAUCUCCCAUUUCCCCCAUCCAUCGCCAUUUCGAUUGGAUCACUCCUCUCCCCCCUCCACCGCCUCUCGGAUCCCGCCGCCGCCCGCCGUCGCCGCCUCCGCCGCCGCAGACUCUAUCUCUCUGUGUAUCCAUCCCUUCUCGACCUCGCGCAAAUCCCAUCCUUUUCGCCCCUUCUUUCCCUGCGAAAGAUCGGGUUUUUUUUUCUGCCCGUCUCUUUCUCGCGUUUGGUUCCAAUCUUUUGCUGCCUGGAGAUUUCACCGCCUUGUUCAGAGUCGAGAUCUCCCGUCGCUGCUCGAUCUGAUCUCGCCUCGUUUCUCGAGGAGAGAAAAAAAACAAAACAAACAAACUGCGGUUUUUGUGUUCGGGAGUCGGUGGAGAAGAGAUCUCUCUCCGAGAUUGAUAUUCUUGCGUCCAUUUGCUUCGCCUCCGAUAGCUUUCGGAGGAAUCUAAUCUCGAAUAGUGAAGGAAAGUUGCCACCUUGGUUGUGCUUGUGGUUGUGGGUGGCCGCGUGAGUUCCUCCUCCUUCCUCCUCUGUGGCGCAGCUUCCCAUUCCAUGAAUGGAUGGGAGGGAGUCCACAGUGGCGUCAGGCUCCAACUUCUCCUCCUUCUAUGUGCAGCACCGGGGCAUUGGCGUGCCGGGAGGCUCCGGGCACCCGGCCGGGCUCCACGGCCCGCCGCCCGGUGGAUAUCGGCAGCAUCUUGAUGCAGUCUCUGCGGGGUACCCUUUCCAGCCCCCUCACAUUGGGGGUUCCCACAUUGGGCAGGGUUACCACCAUGUUGAUGCCUCAGCCCCUGUCGCGCAGCACGGCAGUGGUGGCGGUGGUGGUGGUAUGGACAUUGGCAUGGGUGUCGAAAUGAGCGCGGAUGCUAAAGGGGAUCAGGGGAGUGGUGCUGGCCAGGAUGAGCCGGUGAAGAAGAAGCGGGGGAGGCCGAGGAAGUAUAAGCCUGAUGGGGCGGUCACGCUGGGGCUCUCGCCGUCUUCGUCGACGCCUCACUCGUCGACCUCGGCGAUGGGUACAAUGGUGACCACACCAGGCUCAGGGUUUGGGUCGGGGGCAGGAUCGGGGGGUUCGGGGUCUGGUGCCCUUACAGAGAAGCGUGGCCGAGGGCGGCCACCUGGGUCUGGAAAGAUGCAGCAGUUGGCUUCUCUUGGAAAAUGGUUUCUUGGUUCUGUUGGAACAGGUUUUACUCCUCAUGUGAUUAUUAUUUCACCAGGAGAGGAUGUUGCUGCCAGGAUAAUGUCCUUCUCACAACAGGGCCCAAGGGCAGUGUGCAUCAUCUCAGCGACAGGAGCUGUAUCCACAGCAACCCUUCAUCAGGAUUCAAACUCUGGUGGUGUGGUUACAUAUGAGGGUCGAUUUGAAAUCCUGUGCCUGUCUGGAUCAUAUUUGGUGAUAGAGGAAGGUGGUUCGCGAACCCGGAGUGGAGGCCUCUGCAUAGCUCUGUGUGGCCCUGACCACAGGGUUAUUGGUGGGAGUGUAGGUGGAGUCCUGACAGCAGCUGGAACUGUUCAGGUGAUAGUGGGGAGCUUCAUGUAUGGUGGGACAAAGAAAAAUAAAGCGAAAGCUGAGCAAGAGACGGAGAAUAACGAAGAGCCAAUUGGCGGUGAGGAGGAGACCCCCACAAUGGCACUGCCAGAUCACAACAUGCCGCAUCAUACGAUGGGUGGAUGGUCGGCUGGGUUGAUGAGGCAGAUGGACUCAAGAACUCCAAACAUCGACAUCAACUCUAUUCGCGAGUAAUGUGUAUUAUUGCUGGAAGGAAGGAGCACCACCUAUAUAUCUAUCUCUGACUGACGGAAUUCCCCGAAUCCCCGUGAGUGCGCUUGGUAGCAUGCAAUGCAACGCGAUGCGCUAACUUGCUGUAGGUGUAAGAGGAAGAGAGUUGUUUGAGAAAUGAUGUUGCUGGAUGCUGAGGUAUAUGUCAGUGCUAUGUUAGGAACUCCUCUACAUACUAAGUAUUAGAAUAUGAAUGUUAUGGUGGUGUACUGUGAAUCUGCUGCAUCUGCAUCUGCGGUGUUGUAUGAGAAUGAAGGAUCCGGAUCGUACCCUAUUAUAUUAUAUAGAGGAAGAAAAAAGAACCUGGGGAUUUAUUAUUGAGUUGGUA